AUGCCUCUCAUUUCGAUUCUAAUGAUGCUGAUCAGCGAAAAGCAAAGCCUGAAGUUUCUGUUGAAGGGGAAACAGGUAAAAUGUACAGGGCAAGUUUUCGAGACAGAGGGGAGAACCGUUGUCGUUAUGAGACCAGCAAAGCAGAAUACAUCAUCCCAUGAAGGACAGAUACGGUUCCUUGUAUACUCUUUGGAGAAUGCAAUCCUCAGCCUGCCUGAAGGUCAAGAGAAAAUGAUCUGGCUGAUCGACUUCACAGGAUGGACAAUAGCAAAUGCUGUGCCCAUAAAGACUGCCCGAGAAACUGUAAACAUCCAACAAAAUCAUUACCCUGAGAGGCUGGCCAUUGCAUUUCUAUUCAAUCCCCCAAAAGUAUUCGAAGCGUUUUGGAAGGCUGUCAAAUAUUUCCUUGACCCGAGUUCGAUUGAGAAACUGAACUUCGUGUACCUGAAGGAUGAGGAGAGCAUGAAGGUCCUGUACAAAUGCAUUGAUCCCGAGGUCCUUCCUGUCGAGUUCGGGGGAAAGAACAGUGUUGUGUACAACCAUGAGGAGUACUCCAAGUUGAUGCUGCAAGAAGAUAUCAAACAUCAAGCUUCUGGGAAGAUGACGCCUUGA